AUGUCAGGCUCUGGCUGGCUCCUUCUCAGCCUUGUGGCCGUAGCUGCCGCUCAGCCCACCACUGAAGAGCAGGCCAAGGCCUUUCUGGAGCAAUUUAACCAACAAGCCGAAGACCUGUCUUAUCAGAGCUCACUCGCUUCUUGGGAUUAUAACACCAACAUCACUGACGAGAAUGCUCAGAAGAUGAACGAAGCAGGGGCCAAAUGGUCUUCCUUUUAUGAAGAACAGUCCAAGGUUGCCAAAAAUUUCCCAGUAAAUGAGAUUUCAGAUCCCUCUAUCAAGCUUCAACUGCAGGUCCUUCAGCAGAGCGGGUCAGCGGUACUGUCACCAGACAAGAGCCAACGGUUGGACACAAUUCUAAACACAAUGAGUACCAUCUACAGUACUGGACGGGUUUGCAAUCCGGACAACCCACAGGAGUGCUUACUGCUUGAACCAGGUCUGGAUCGCAUUAUGGAAAAUAGCACAGACUAUGACCAGAGGCUCUGGGCUUGGGAAGGCUGGAGACGUGAGGUCGGCAGGCAGCUGAGGCCGUUAUAUGAAGAGUAUGUGGACCUGAAAAAUGAGAUGGCAAGAGGAAACGGCUAUGAGGACUACGGGGAUUACUGGAGAGGAGACUAUGAGACAGAGGACUAUAGCCGCACCCAGCUGAUGCAAGAUGUGGAGGAAACGUUUCAGCAGAUUAAGCCCUUAUAUGAACAUCUGCAUGCCUAUGUGAGGAGAAAGUUGAUGGAAGCUUAUCCCAAUCGACUCAGUCCAACUGGAUGCCUUCCUGCCCAUCUGCUGGGUGAUAUGUGGGGUAGAUUUUGGACAAAUCUGUACCCUCUGACAGUUCCGUUUGAAAACAAACCAAACAUAGAUGUUACUGAGGCAAUGGUGAACCAGAACUGGAAUGCAACAAGGAUAUUCCGGGAGGCUGAGAAGUUCUUUGUUUCUAUUGGCCUCCCUAAUAUGACUCAAGGAUUCUGGGAUAAUUCCAUGCUAACUGAUCCAGGCGACGGCCGGAAAGUGGUCUGUCAUCCCACAGCCUGGGACCUGGGGAAAGGUGACUUCAGGAUCAAGAUGUGCACCAAGGUGACAAUGGAUGACUUCCUGACUGCCCAUCACGAGAUGGGCCACAUCCAGUAUGACAUGGCUUAUGCUAAACAGCCCUACCUGCAACGAAAUGGCGCUAACGAGGGGUUCCAUGAGGCCGUUGGAGAAAUCAUGUCACUCUCUGCUGCCACACCUGAGCAUCUGAAAGGCAUCGGCCUUCUGCCACCUGAUUUUCAAGAGGACAAUGAAACAAAUCUGAACUUCCUACUCAAGCAGGCGCUCACGAUUGUUGGAACAAUGCCCUUCACUUACAUGUUGGAAAAGUGGAGGUGGAUGGUCUUUAAGGGUGAAAUUCCCAAAGAAGAGUGGACGAAAAAGUGGUGGGAGAUGAAACAAAAGAUAGUUGGGGUAGAGGAGCCUGUGCGUCAUGAUGAAUCGUACUGUGACCCCGCGACUCUGUUCCAUGUUGCCAAUGACUACUCAUUCAUCCGAUAUUACACCAGGACCAUUUAUCAGUUUCAGUUUCAAGAAGCCCUAUGUAAGGUGGCUAAACAUGAGGGUCCCCUGUACAAAUGUGACAUCUCAAAUUCCACCGAAGCAGGAAACAAGCUGCUUGGGAUGUUGAGCCUUGGAAAAUCCAAGCCCUGGACUGCAGCACUGGAGAGUGUUGUGGGAGCUAAGAAUAUGAAUGUCACCCCACUGCUCAACUACUUUGAGCCCUUGUUUACCUGGCUCAAAGAGCAGAACAAGGAUUCUCCUCUCGGCUGGGAAACCACCUGGACUCCAGGUGCUAACCAGUCCAUCAAAGUGAGGAUAAGCCUGAAGACUGCUCUUGGAGAUAAUGCGUAUAAGUGGAAUAACAAUGAAAUGUACUUCUUCCGGUCAUCUAUUGCAUACGCCAUGAGGCAGUACUUUUCUGGAAAAAACCAGACAAUCCUUUUUGGAGUGGAGGACGUGCAUAUAUGGGAUUUGAAACCCCGAGUCUCUUUCAUCUUCGCUGUCACUAUGCCGAACGGGUCUGAAACCAUUCCUAAAACUGAAGUUGAAAAUGCCGUAAGGAUGUCCCGGGGCCGUAUCAAUGAUGCUUUCCGCCUGGAUGAUAACACCCUGGAGUUUGUGGGGAUUCAGCCGACACUGGCUCCCCCUUACCAGCCACCUGUUGACAUCUGGCUGAUUGUUUUUGGGGUGGUGAUCGGAGUGGUGGUGAUUGGCAUUAUCCUCCUGGUCAUCUCUGGAAUCAGAGAUCGAAGGAAGAGAUCCCGGGAGAGCACCCAGGAAAACCCUUACGCCUCGGUGGACUUGAGCAAGGGCGAGAACAACCCCAGCUUCCAGAGCCCUGAAGAUGUGCAGACCUCAUUUUAG